CAGACAGUCCUCAUCUCCCACAGCUCCCUGCUGUCGACACCAUCAGAGACUCCCCUACAGAUACCCACCGCAGGGAGCCCAAGAGAUCAUGAAGCUGCAGCUGCCGAACCCAGGCCUGGAGGACAGGAUCCUGAGCCAUGAUGAACUGGAACGGCUGGAGGUGGAGGAGGCUGGAGAUAGACCCAAGUGGGACAACAAAGCCCAGUACAUGCUGACCUGCGUGGGAUUCUGUGUGGGUUUGGGCAACGUCUGGCGCUUCCCCUACCUGUGCCAGAGCCAUGGAGGAGGGGCCUUCAUGAUUCCCUUCCUAAUCCUGCUGGUUUUUGAGGGAAUCCCUCUUCUCCACCUGGAGUUUGCCAUCGGCCAGCGGCUAAGGAAAGGAAGUGUUGGGGUGUGGAGAACUAUUAACCCCUACAUGCUUGGAGUUGGUAUUGCAUCUAUGUGUGUGUCGUUUCUGGUCAGUCUGUACUAUAACACCAUCAUAGCCUGGGUCAUGUGGUACUUCUUUAACUCCUUCCAGGAGCCUCUGCCUUGGAGCCAGUGUCCCAUCAAUGCCAACAGGACAGGACUGGUUUCGGAGUGUGAGAGGAGCUCACCGGUGGACUAUUUCUGGUAUCGUGAGACUCUGAACACCUCAGCGGCUAUAGAUGAGACGGGAGGUCUGCAGUGGUGGAUGAUCCUCUGCCUGAUCUCGGCUUGGGGAGUGCUGUACGUCUGCUGCAUCCGCGGAAUAGAGACAACAGGAAAGGCUGUUUAUGUGACGUCUACGUUGCCAUAUGUAGUUCUUACAAUCUUCCUGAUCAGAGGACUGACUCUGAAAGGAUCUUUUGAUGGCAUUAAGUUCCUCUUCACUCCAGAUCUAAACGAGUUAGCAAACCCAUCCACAUGGUUAGAUGCAGGUGCACAAGUGUUUUAUUCUUUUUCUCUGGCUUUUGGAGGUCUCAUCUCCUUCUCCAGCUACAAUUCUGUGCACAAUAACUGUGAGCAAGAUGCAGUGAUCAUCUCCAUCAUUAACGCCUUUACCUCGAUCUACGCUGCCACUGUCAUCUACAGCAUCAUUGGUUUCCGAGCUACAGAGAGAUUUGAUGACUGUUUGAGUGGGAACAUCUUGACUCUUCUGAAUACAUUUGAUCUGCCAGAAGGAAAUAUUACUGAGAGCAACUAUCAAGAGGUUCUCCACAGCCUUAAUAGUACAAACUCUGAUAUCAUCAGCAGCCUCAAUCUUAAGACCUGCGAUCUAAACAGCUUCCUCAGUGAGGGUGUAGAAGGAACAGGCUUGGCCUUUAUUGUGUUCACUGAGGCUAUCACCAAGAUGCCACUGUCCCCGCUCUGGUCCGUUCUGUUCUUCAUCAUGCUCUUCUGUCUUGGCCUGUCCUCCAUGUUUGGCAACAUUGAGGGUGUUCUGGUUCCCCUGCAGGACCUGAAGGUCUUUCCCAAAAGCUGGCCCAAAGAGGUCAUUUCAGGGGUAACGUGCUUGGUGUGCUGCCUGGUUGGGUUGAUAUUUGUGCAGGGCUCAGGGAACUAUUGGCUAGCCCUGUUUGACAGCUUUGCCGGAUCGAUUCCUCUCCUCAUCAUUGCUUUCUGUGAGAUGAUUGGAGUUGUGUAUGUUUAUGGAAUAGACAGGUUCAAUGAAGACCUGAUAUUCAUGAUAGGACAUAAGCCUAACAUUUUUUGGCAAGCCACAUGGAGAGUCAUUAGUCCCCUCAUCAUGUUAGCCAUCUUCAUCUUCUACUUCUCCACCACCGUCACCAAGGAAAUCUUCUACAUCGCCUGGGAUCCAGAAUCGGAAAACUUUCCAACCCUAGAGAAGAAGCCAUAUCCAUCAUGGAUCUAUAUAAUAAUCUUUCUCCUGGCUGGGAUCCCUAGUUUGUCUGUACCCGGCACUGCUGUUUUCAGAGCCAUACGAGAAUACUGCUGCAAGAAACAUUCCAGUGCCCCAGUUCAAGAAAUUGAUUCUGUAACGUAUAAAGUUCAUAUAGAGGAUGUAGACCUGAAGUCACAAAAGUCACAGAAAUCUGACCCAAACUUCUACACAUGAGGCCCAAUUCAAAGUUCAGUAGUUCUAUACAUUCAUAGAUUAUAAAAAUGCCUUUUUCAGAACUGAUGGAAUAAUGAUUUU